UUCUUAAUGACAUCGUAAAAUUUGGCACAUAGCUUCGUCACCAAGUCACCACACCCUUCAUAUAAAAAAAAUGGAAACCAAAUAAAAAUUGCAGCAAAUAAUGUUUAUGAAAAAAUGCUCUGACGUGCCUCAAACAGAAGCAGCUGCACCAGAGCCACCAAAGAAAACACCAUCAGUAACAACAACCCCAGAACCAGAACCAGAAAAACCCAAGAAAAAAUGCAAAUCGAAAAAAAGCGCAACUGAACUGCCCUACUGUGACGAAGCACCGGCUAUCCCCCCACCACCACCCACACCUACAAUCAUCAUAGCAGACGACACACCACCCCCAAAGAAGAAACGAAGUUGUGACAGCUGUCUCUGUCUAGAAAGAGUUAGGAACCCACCACUGCCGACAAAGGAACAACUAGCUGCUGCCGAGGAUCCAAGAAUAAACUGCGUAGUUAAAAGGCAACUGCCAGGUACGGCCCGGUGUGACAGGAUUUUAGCAUUAACAGCUGCAACUGAAGACGACGACGACGCAGAAAAUAAACCCCCUCCACCAGGUAAUCAGUGUCUGCCAGAAGUAAGACCCCUUAAACAAAGGGCGACCGGCACAGAAUGCAUGGAUAGUUAGGAUAUGCGGAAAAUGGCUGACGACAAGUACGUAGACAACAGUCCACGUAGCUCCAAUGUUGAUUCAUUAAUAGAGAAGCUAAGGGUGGAAAUAUCCAAUGACUCUGAAGAUGACUUCAUGAAUACAAGAAGACUGACUAUUCAGUCUACAGCAAACAGAGCAGACAUGACGAAUGAGACUACCCACGACAUCGAUAAAGAGAUAACUGAACUAGAGAACCUAAUCAAAAGGUUACAAGCAGAAAUUGUUGAGAUGACCGAAUCUGCGAGCAAACCUUUAAACGAAUAUUACCCUGAUGAUGCUUUAAAUGAAGAAAACAGCUUCAUCAUCAGGGAUCAGGAUCAGGGAGAACGGCACUUGUCACCUCUAGUGAAAAAUGACAUAAACGACGAAAACGAUUUUAAAAUUAGAAAACACGGAUCGGAUGUCAUCUUCCCGGUCAUAUUAAAAGACAAUGGCUUGUUAAAUGAACAAGAAAAACUGUUUGCAGAAAAUAUGUCAAACCCCCCGACAAUUGUUUCUAAAGACGCAGACACUGAUAAUGAAGCUAUAGAUGGCGUAAGACGCAAUUUCUCAGUACUGUGGGAUGAUACGCCAAAUUCAAAUGACACAAAUUCUAUGCCUAAUCCAAUCAUUAGCGAAAUGCAACCAAAACCCUUAAUAGAUCCGGCCUUGGAGCAAGCAAUACCGGUAGGUGACCUGAAGUUUGUGAGCAAUAUAUCGAAACCACCAGAUAAGACUACAACAAUGAUUGCCCAAGUGGAACCAACUACUAAUAUUGAUAAAAUUCACGAUGAUGACGACGAAGAAGCAGCUAAAAAUUUUGAUGAAGAUCACAAUCAAGACAUUGAAAAUACGAAUUCUAGCCCAACUGCCAACGAUGAUAUUUCAAAAAUAGAAACUAGUAGUUUUUCUAGCUUAUCUGUGAAUGACAAUAUUUCAAAAAUAGAAACAUUAAGUCUUUCAGAAAUCGUCAAUGAGCACGGAUCCGAAGAUCUACCUGUAACAUUGAAUAAUGAAGCUAUUAUUCAGAGUGAUCAUGUUAAAACCUUACCCGGUGGUGCGGAGAACCUUACCACUGUUACUACAGACCCAAAAAUCGCAGAUUCUAACAGAUCACCAUCUUCAGAAUCUAAAAAAUCUAUUCUCAAACUAAGCAAGAAAGAUUUACACGCGGCUCCUCCUAGUAAUACAGCUGAACAAAUAAUAUCAACCAUACUCCCUAAAGAAAAUCCAAAUACUAACCAAGAGGCAACUAAAACUCCCGCAAAACCUGUUUCAAAAUCUGAAAGCAAUGACAGUGGCAUAAUGAAAACUGUCAACAAGAAAUUGCGUAAACUUGUGGGUAAAGUUAGUAAAGCUUCUAUAGAUAGCAACAAAAAUGAAACUAAGACUCAAAAUUCUUCGACAUCAGAUAGUGAUAUGUCAAAAAAGAAUCGGAAAUCUGCUUCUAAGGCAAAAAGUAAAGAUUCGUUGACACAAGACGAGAAGGGUAAAAACAAAACUAUACAUGAAUCAAAGUCUUCCACUAAUAAUAAAGAAACAGCUACUGUCAAACCUCAUAGGAGCUCAAAUUCCGCCCAUAAAAGCUCUCACAAGACAGGAAAGGUAAAGUCUAAAUCAUCUCUUUCUCAAUCCAGUGUUGAUAACCCCAAUUCUAGGAAUGAGAGUGAGAGCAAAAUAAAAGCAAUAAAGUCAAAAUCUAUCAAGUCUUUGAAUUCUGCUAAAGAUUUGAUUACAAAAGUCGUAACCAAACAUGUUGAGAACAAAGAUAAUAUAGCGAAGGAAAAUGUACUAAAUACAGUCAAUACCAAAAUACCUAUCAACGCGACUGAAGGUCCUCAGAUUGUGGACACUGAAAAUAUAUUUGCUAAAAGUGAGAUUAAUUCAACUCAAAUACCUAUCACCGUAACAAAGGCAGUCAGUAACGCCGAUGUGAUUCCAAAGACUUACUCAGGCCUUACAGAAGAUUCAAUAGCUGAUAGUAAAGAUGAAUCUGCAAAAUUAGAAGCUGCAAAAGAAGUGACCACAAUGAUAGUAACAGAAGAUUUUGGUUCUAAUGCGGUAGAAGAAGAUUUGGAGGGCGAGGAAGAUCUAAUGGAUGAAGAGGAUUUGCCUAAUGAUAACGAUUCGACGCCGGGUGAUGAACAAGAAGACGAAAUGUUGGAUUGUGUUGAUGAUGAUGAUGAAGAAAACCCUUACGACGUAGACUGACUCACAAACUGAAAUAGACCUUCCAUUAACUGAAAUAA